AUGGCUGGCGAUUCAGAAAAGACCAUGGCCCCAGGCACAGCCAGCCGAUCCUCAAGCAACGGCGAAUCGACCGAUGGGCAUGAUUCGACCAACAAGUACCAGACCGAAGGCCAGACGACCCGAGUCCUCUCGCACGACAGCGCGCCAAAGGCCGAGAAGCUCGACUCGAAUAUCGUGAAGGUGGAAGACAGGGUGGACGAUCCAUACGCACAUCUCCCCGCAGACGAACAAGCGAUCUUGAGGAGACAGGUCGAUACGCCCGAUGCCGGCAGUGGAUGGAAGACCUUAUACCGCUAUGCGACGGUGAAUGAUUUCCUCAUCAUGGCGGUCAGCGCAGUCUGCGCAAUUGCUGCGGGCGCUGCGCUUCCCCUCAUGACCGUCAUUUUUGGUAAUCUGGCCGGGGACUUCAAUGGCUUUUUCCAAGGCUCCAUCAGCAGGCACGAAUUCGAGCACAGGAUUUCUCAUAUGGUUCUUUACUAUCUGUAUAUAGGUAUUGCCGAGUUCACGACUGUAUACAUCUCGACCGUUGGGUUUAUCUAUACCGGCGAACACAUAAGUGGGAAGAUCAGAGCGCGUUAUUUGGAGGCAUGCAUGAGGCAGAAUAUUGGCUUUUUUGACAAGCUGGGCUCUGGCGAAAUCACAACCAGGAUCACGGCGGAUACCAAUCUGGUACAGGAUGGGAUUUCCGAGAAGGUCGGUCUGACAUUGAAUGCGGUGGCAACGUUCGUUACGGCGUUCGUUAUUGGCUUCAUCAAGUCCUGGAAAUUGACUCUCAUUCUCAGCUCCACUGUGUUUGCCAUGGCCGCAGUCAUGGGAGCAGGAUCGAAGAUCAUUGUCGGAAACAACAAACAAUCCCUGGAAAGCUAUGCUCUUGGAGGCUCUGUUGCAGAGGAGGUCAUUUCCUCUAUCCGAAACGCCACGGCCUUUGGUACUCAAGAUAAGCUGGCCCGCCAGUAUGACAAGCACCUGACCGAGGCCGAGAAGUAUGGCUUCAAGGUCAAGUUCGGACUGGCCAUCAUGGUUGGUUUCAUGUUCAUGAUCAUCUACCUCAACUACGGACUCGCUUUCUGGAUGGGAAGCAGGUUUUUGGUAGACGGUGAUAUUGCAUUGGGCCCCAUUCUUACGAUCCUGAUGUCCAUCAUGAUUGGCGCCUUCUCCCUCGGAAACGUUGCGCCUAAUAUCCAGGCUUUCACAACUGCCAUUUCAGCUGGUGUAAAGAUUUUCAACACCAUUGACCGCGUUUCACCGCUAGAUCCCAGUUCUGAUGAAGGGUUGAAGCUCGACCAUGUUGAGGGAACCUUGGAAUUGAGAAAUGUCAAGCACAUCUACCCCUCGAGACCAGAAGUCACAGUCAUGGAUGGCGUGAACUUGGUCAUCCCCGCCGGCAAGAUGACGGCUCUGGUUGGCGCGUCUGGUUCGGGAAAGAGCACUAUCGUCGGUCUGGUUGAGAGAUUCUAUGACCCAGUUGGCGGCCAAGUUUUCUUGGACGGACACGAUGUCAGCACUUUGAAUCUGCGGUGGUUGAGACAACAAAUCUCCCUGGUCAGCCAGGAGCCGACUCUUUUUGGAACUACCAUAUUCGAAAAUAUUGCCCAUGGACUCAUUGGUACGCAGUGGGAGGGCGAAAAUGAGGAGAGACGACGGGAGCGUGCUAUUGAAGCUGCCAAGAUGGCCAAUGCACACGAUUUCAUUACAGCACUUCCUGAAGGCUACGAGACCAAUGUUGGAGAGCGGGGGUUCCUUCUCUCCGGAGGCCAGAAGCAACGUAUUGCCAUUGCCAGAGCAAUGGUCAGUGAUCCGAAGAUUCUGCUCCUGGACGAGGCCACGUCUGCCCUUGAUACGAAAUCUGAGGGGGUCGUCCAGGCUGCUCUUGAGGUCGCCGCCGCAGGACGAACAACCAUCUCCAUCGCUCAUCGUCUCUCGACUAUCAAGGAUGCCGAUAAUAUCGUUGUCAUGAGUGAAGGUCGGAUUAUCGAACAAGGGACCCAUGAUGAGCUUCUCUUGAAGCAGGGGGCCUACCACUCCUUGGUGGAGGCGCAGAAAAUCGCCGGCACGAAAGAGUUGACUGCCGAGGAAGAAGAGCGCGUGGCUAACGAAGAUGAGGAACUCGUCCGCCGAAUGACUCGCAAGAGUGAUGAAGGAUACGUGGAAGAUCCUGACGACAAGAACAUCGCGAACAAAUUGGACCGCACUACGAGCGAGAAGUCUCAAUCCUCGCUAGCUUUACAGAAAAGACGCCCAAUUGAAGAAAAAGAGGACUCACUCUGGAGUUUGAUGAAAUUGAUUGCCUCUUUCAACUCAACCGAAUGGCACCUCAUGAUCAUUGGUCUCAUUUUCUCAGUCAUCUGUGGUGGUGGAAAUCCGACCCAGGCCGUAUUCUUCGCCAAAGAAAUCAUCUCCCUAUCCCUCGUUAUUAUCAACCCGGCCACGCAGCAGCAGAUCCCGUCAGCCGUUCAUACUUUACGUCACAAUGCGAAUUUCUGGGCGCUCAUGUAUCUCAUGCUUGCAUUUGUGCAGUUGAUUGCAUUUUGCGCUCAGGGGGUAGCAUUUGCCUUCUGUUCUGAGAGACUCGUCCACCGGGUUCGGAAUCGUGCCUUUAGAACCAUGUUGCGACAGGACAUCGAGUAUUUCGACAAGGAAGAAAACACUGCGGGUGUCUUGACGUCUUUCCUCAGUACUGAAACCACCCAUGUCGCGGGUCUCUCUGGUGUCACUCUUGGCACGAUUCUUACAGUUAUCACUACACUCGUUGCCGCAUGCGCACUUUCUAUUGCAAUCGCAUGGAAAUUGGCUCUGGUUUGCAUUGCUACUAUCCCUAUAUUAUUGGGUUGUGGAUUCUUCCGUUUCUUUCUAUUGGCUCAAUUCCAACGAAGAGCAAAGAAGGCAUACGAAAAGAGUGCCAGUUAUGCCUGUGAAGCGACGAGCGCCAUUCGAACUGUUGCUUCCUUGACCAGAGAAGACGACGUUCUUCAGCACUAUAAGGAUGCUCUCAAUUCACAAGCUAAGACGAGUCUGGAAUCAGUGCUCAAAACAUCUCUCUUAUAUGCCGCUUCACAAUCCCUGAUGUUCCUCUGCGUCGCUCUUGGCUUCUGGUACGGAGGCAAUCGAAUCGCCGAUCGCGAGUACACGAUCUUCCAAUUCUUCGUCUGUUUCUCUGCUGUCAUCUUCGGUGCCCAAUCUGCCGGCACCAUAUUUUCUUUCGCCCCCGACAUGGGCAAAGCCAAGCAUGCCGCACAAGAGCUCAAAAACCUGUUCGACCGCCAACCUGCCAUCGAUUCCUGGUCCUCGGAAGGCGCACGCCUUGAAUCGGUAGAAGGUACAAUCGAGUUCCGCGAUGUGCAUUUCCGCUACCCGACUCGUCCAGAGCAGCCCGUCCUCCGUGGUCUCAAUCUGACGGUCAAGCCCGGCCAAUACAUCGCUCUUGUUGGCGCCUCUGGCUGCGGAAAGUCAACCACCAUCGCCCUCAUGGAACGUUUCUACGACCCCUUGUCAGGCGGGAUCUACGUCGAUGGCAAGGAAAUCUCCAGCCUGAACAUCAAUGAUUAUCGCUCCUUUAUCGCGCUCGUCUCCCAAGAGCCUACUCUAUACCAAGGCACGAUCCGCGAAAACGUCUUGCUAGGAGCCGAUCGCUCUGACGUCUCGGAUUCCGAAAUCGAAUUCGCCUGCCGAGAAGCCAACAUCUACGACUUCAUCAUGUCCUUACCCGACGGCUUCAGCACCGUCGUCGGCAGUAAAGGCUCCAUGUUAUCCGGCGGCCAAAAGCAACGCAUCGCCAUCGCCCGCGCCCUUCUCCGCGAUCCCAAAAUCCUCCUUCUAGACGAAGCCACCAGUGCCCUCGACAGCGAGAGCGAGCACGUAGUGCAAGCCGCCCUCGACAAAGCUGCCAAGGGACGUACCACGAUCGCGGUCGCGCAUCGGCUGAGCACGAUCCAGAAAGCGGAUAUUAUCUAUGUCUUUGAUCAGGGCGUUAUUGUGGAGAGUGGCGAUCAUAAUGAGUUGAUGAAGAAGGGGGGGAGGUAUAAUGAGUUGGUCAGUCUGCAGUCUUUGGGUGGGAGACGGUGA